GAGCGAGGAGCCCUCUGCCAAUGCUUCCCAUAUGUCUUGAGUAGUCUUAGCUUCUUGGGCUCUUAGCCUCUCACAUACACAACCUUCUCACGGUGGUGGGAAUAGGGGAUAGACGAGAAAACACCUCACUCUACAGUAGGUAUUCAUAAGCCUCCCGGUGUUUUACAAGGGAGUAUAUUAGAUAGCCACGUUUCUCCCGUCACCUUCUCCGUCGUGAAGCGGUGCUCAUCCGACUAUUUUGCUUGCUCGUUUGCUCGUUUGCUCGUUUGCUUGCUUCGACGUUGAAACUUGUUACCCCUAUCUCGAUUUUGUAAACGACCUAUAUACUUGUAUAACUGCUCAGAUAUUCAAGUGCACUGUGUAGGUAUACUCCUAAUACCUAUAAUAUUCCCUAUAAGACGUCUACGGUCUCAGACACCUCUCGAGUCUAUCCACUUCUGGUAUAACUACUCUCUUACCCCGGACUGCCCAGACUCCACCACCCCAUCUAUUAAUACUACUUAUUGAUACCUUGCUACCCUACCCAUCUCUCUACCUAGCCCAGCUUCCUAACCUUAUUCAUUCUUAAUAGCUUUCUUUUCUGACUCGUCAUCGCGUCGCCUUCUUUCUUAACCGGCAGCUGGUCUGUAUUUGUCUGCAUGUAAUGGCAUCAGGAGUCGCCAUUCAACAACACGCGCGCCACUUUUCCGGUUCCCAAUCCGCCGACGAGUUCACCCUCAACCCCCUCCUAAAUCUCCUCACCAACACUCUCGUCCUACACCAGACCAUCCCCUACCUCCCCAUCUCGAGCCUUCUCAACCUCGCCGCCACCUCGCCGUCCUUCCACGACCUGCUUCUGCGCCGCACCCCCGGCGUCUUCCGACAUCUCGACCUCACCCGAGUCAAGACCGCCCAGUUCGAGAUCGACGGCGGCAUCGAUCAUGGCGGCGAAGUCUGGCGCAACGUCCAGGUUGACGAGAACCUGACCGAGGACGACUUCUACUCAGGUCCCCUGCGCGGCAUCAUCCAGAGCAUCCGCCGCCGCGACAUUCUACACCAUGUGCAGACGUUAGUCCUUGACGGCCUCUCGGUCACCGCCGAGUUCUGCAACGACAUCCUCGUCGACCCCACCCUUCGCGUGCGCAUCUUGUCUAUCCGCGACGUCAAGAACCUCAACGAGCGCAAGCUGAUGCAGAGCCUCCGUUACGUCUGCCGGUCCACCCGACCCGACGACACCCCUCGACUGAAGGGUCUAUACGUCUUCGGCGCUAGGGAUGCGCCCGACCUAACCGCAUCUUCGCCGACGGGGCAGAACGGAACGGCUCGAGCAAGCUCUAACAUUAGCAUUGGUUGGAACCACAAGUCGCAGCACGCGUUGAAGGAAUCUUUCCGGGCGGAAGGUGACGACUGGUAUCAUAGGAGAGGGCGCAUCAUUGGCAGGCACAUCACUGACGGCUGGGCCGAGACGCUUUUAGACUGUCGCGAGAUGAUCAGGUUCGACGCUGUGCUCUGCACAGGGCCUCGUCAUCAGAACUCGCCCGCGUUCGGAAAGGUGCCGGUUAUGUCGGGUGGGACGGCGCCCGGUGUCGACAGCCCAUGGGGUGUUGCAACUUUCGCUCUUGGAGGGUGCGCGUCCUGCGGAUCUUCGCCCGAGGGCUUCACGGAAUACGGAGACUCCCCGGCGGAGCAGUUGCCGCUACUGGCACCCGUCCCGCUUCAUUCGUCCACCAUCAAGGCGGCAACUUGUCCGAAUCCCAACUCCGGCUCCGGGACAGGUAAGGAGACGCAUAAGUUUAUCCCGAGGUGCCUGGAAUGUAUCCGCGAGAGAUACUGCUUUAGCUGCGAUCAGUGGUGGUGCGAGUCGUGCUAUCAGGUGCCGAGCCGGCAGGAAUUGAGCGCCCAGCACGUCCACAUUGUCGACCAGACUGACGGCUUGUUGGACCACGAACUGGCAGCUCUCGAGCCGCCCAAUGUCAAGGUACGGAAGGGUUAUUGUCUUAAUUGCCACCCGCAGUCCACCGAAAGGAGACCUGGAAUUCGGAAUCCUUUUCCACCCUGAGUGGUUCCGAAGGAAGCCAUGUAGCGAGGGAUAUAUAACAACCACCAUUACCCCAUAUGAUCCAAGUUCAUGUAGGGAUGGGCGAGAGUGGGCAUAUCGACUGCUUUCGAUCAUCCUUGGAAAUUGUAUGCGGCGAGAACCCCCUAAACGUAGUCACAUUCUCUCUCGAGUCCCCUCGAAUCCCCUUCGAAUCCCCCCUCGAAAAACUCCUCCAUGGAAGAAAUCGUGCUAAUAUUGUUCAUUACUCUAGAAGCCUAAAAUCAGCCGGAGCUGCUGGGAAUGCGAACACAACGUAAGUUCCUUACCGUCCAUCCCCGCGUAAGGAUGGUAAUAGUCCUAAUCCGUAUAACUUUAGUGUUUAGAUUGCAUCGCCAAUAC